GAGCGCCCCAGCCCCCCCUGCCAGCGGAUGCGGGGCAGAAGACGAUUGAGUGGAUGGACAGGCUGCGAUACGCCAAGGGCGAGCUCAGCACGGCCAAGAUCCGAGGCAACAUGCAGCGCGUCAUGCAGAACAACGCUGCUGUGUUCCGCACCCAGGAGACUCUGGCGGAAGGGUGUGAGUUGAUCGAUGAGACGUGGAAGUCGUUUGAGCAGGUGGGAGUGACGGACCGCAGCUGCGACCUGAUCGAUGAGACGUGGAAAUCCUUUGAGCAAGUGGGCGUGACGGAUCGCAGCCUGGUGUGGAACACAGACCUGGUGGAAACAAUGGAGCUGGAGAAUCUGCUCACCAACGCGCUCAUCACCAUGCACUCUGCUGAGGCGAGGAAGGAGAGCAGAGGAGCUCACGCCCGUGAAGACUUCCCGAACCGUGAUGACACCAACUGGAUGAAGCACACUGUCGGGUAUUGGGAUAACGGCAAGGUGAAGCUUGAUUAUCGUCCCGUCCACAUGAACACACUGGACGAUCAAGUGCAAACCUUCCCACCCAAGGCUCGGGUGUACUAG